AUGUCCAACCCCAGUCAGUCAGAGCUCAUUCACACGUUUAAGGGGAUUCCCUUUACCACCAGGUCUUCUCCAGAACUCUUAAAAUGCUUGGAUACUUUUGAUGCUAGAGAAGAUGAUGUCGUUUUGGUUUCCUAUCCCAAAUCUGGCACUCAUUGGCUUGCGGGAGUUAUAACGAAGCUUUACAAUACUCAAGUUACACUAACAUCUCCCAUUGAAUUUGGAGAUGUUUCCAGACUGGAGGAGCUGAAUAAACUCUCAUCAAAGAGAAUCAUUCCAACACACUUAGACUACAACAUGUUACCUCCAAAUUUUAAGAAUAAAAAAUGCAAGAUGAUCUACAUCAGCAGAAAUCCAAAAGAUACUGCAGUGUCCAUGUAUCAUUACUACAGAGAUAACCCAAACCUUCCCACUAUAGACACCUGGACCGCUUUCUUUGAUUUGUUCUUAAAAGGAGACGUUGUCUGUGGAUCCUGGUUUGAUCAUUUCCUAAGUUGGGAAGAACAUGAAAAUGACAGAAACAUCCUCUUUUUGUUCUAUGAAGACAUGAAGAAGGAUCUCCCUAAGAUUGUAAAGGAAAUUAUUCUGUUCCUGGGUUUAAACAUCAGUGAAAAUGAUAUCCAAGACAUCUGCAAGAAGUCCUCGUUCUCAGAAAUGAAACAUGACACAGAAAAGGAAAACAGUGAUCCCAGUCACACAGUUUGUGCACUGACAUCCAACAGAAAGCUGAUUUUCCGAAAAGGCACUGUUGGUGAUUGGAAGAACCAUUUCACCCCAAAGCAGAAUCUAAGGUUUGAGGAGAUUUUUAAUGAGAAAAUGAAACUCAGCAAAAUGGCGAAAAAUCUCACCUAUGAAUUUUGA